GCUACACUGCACCAGACGCGCAUCCCGCGCAAGAGUACUUCGCUCUCACCAUCCUGAAAUUUCGUUAUUUCUGGAUUCGGCUGAAGGGAAGCGCUUCCGGCAGCACGUUCCCAGCUCCAGUGAAGCCUGAAGGAGAGAAAACCGGCUCGCGUUGACGGCGGUGGUGGUGGUGUGCAGUUGAAAAUGGAACGUUCCUUGUCGCUCGCUGUGCUCACAGUACUACUCGUGGCUUCAACGCAAGCACAGACAUUACCCUCCGGAUGUUCGUGCAGUGCCUCAGGCCUUGCAACGUACGCGUUCACCUUCGACGCUGACUGGAUCAACCCGUCACCACCUGUGGGCGCACAUUGGUCCUGGCCCAUUGGUGCCGCACACUCACCGUGCACAGUCGUAUGGAGAGAUGGUCAGCUGGCCAGUGCUGGGGUGAAGCAAGUAGCAGAACUGGGCUCCACCGGUACCAUUCAGAAUGAGUUCACAGCUGCCAAAGUUCUGUCCACGUUCCGAGGGGAUCUGCUUGGCAAACCGCUUGGCAGCACGUCUCGCUCUUUUACCGUCAAUAGGUAUUAUCCACUUGUAUCUGCACUGUCUAUGAUAGCUCCAUCUCCGGACUGGUUUGUUGGUGUGGACUCCUUCAGCCUGUGCUCCGGAUCCACAUGGACAAGCUCUGCUACGAUUCCUCUUUAUGCCUGGGAUGCUGGCACUGACAGUGGUCUGACGUUCGGGGCGGCCAACCUACCCACAUCGCCGCCUGAGAACAUUGCUCGUCUGGCCGGCGCCAGGGCAGCAAACACUAAUUUUCAGUCCGUGCUUCCUGCCGUGCCUCUGGGCAACUUCACGUUCCGCUUGUCAUCAGUCGACAGUACAGCCACUGUAACUGAUCCACAGUGCUCGAUGUGCAUUGCACCAACAACUCAGCCACUGCCCACCACAGGCUCCCCGACAACAGCCUCCCCGACAACAGCCUCCCCGACAACAGCCUCCCCAACAACAGCCUCCCCAACAACAGCCUCCCCGACAACAGGCUCCCCGACAACAGGCUCCCCGACAACAGCCUCCCCGACAACAACAUCAGUGAUGCCUGGUGGUGGCUGCCCACAAGACUCCAUUCCGUUUGGCAAGUGUCCCACGCUGUGCAAUGUCUCUGAUCCCACAUACAAUUGCUCUCAAGGGCAGCUGUGCUGUGCGGACAACUGCGGGGGUGCGAAGUGCACGAAAGCUUGUCCAGUGCUUCGGUGUUCACCGUGUAGUGCAUAUGUAUAUGAUAACAACUCCUGUCCAACAUGCCAAUGCCAAGCAGCCACGACACCACCACCAGUAUCUACUACAACAGCAGUAGGAUAUCAGAUUGGUGGAGGAUGUCCUGAUGUGAGCACAGGUUUUGGAAUAUGUCCAACGAAUUGUGACGUAGAUGCAAACUGUACUACAGCAGGAGAGUUAUGUUGUAAAAAUCAAUGUGGAAGUUUGCAAUGUACUGCAGUAUGUACACUACAACAAUGUCCUGUCAAGUGUGCCAUGUACACUUUGGAUAGCAGAGGUUGUCAAACAUGUACUUGCAUUGCAGCCACGACACCACCACCAGUAUCUACUACAACAGCAGUAGGAUAUCAGAUUGGUGGAGGAUGUCCUGAUGUGAGCACAGGUUUUGGAAUAUGUCCAACGAAUUGUGACGUAGAUGCAAACUGUACUACAGCAGGAGAGUUAUGUUGUAAAAAUCAAUGUGGAAGUUUGCAAUGUACUGCAGUAUGUACACUACGACAAUGUCCUGUCAAGUGUGCCAUGUACACUUUGGAUAGCAGAGGUUGUCAAACAUGUACUUGCAUUGCAGCCACGACACCACCACCAGUAUCUACUACAACAGCAGUAGGAUAUCAGAUUGGUGGAGGAUGUCCUGAUGUGAGCACAGGUUUUGGAAUAUGUCCAACGAAUUGUGACGUAGAUGCAAACUGUACUACAGCAGGAGAGUUAUGUUGUAAAAAUCAAUGUGGAAGUUUGCAAUGUACUGCAGUAUGUACACUACAACAAUGUCCUGUCAAGUGUGCCAUGUACACUUUGGAUAGCAGAGGUUGUCAAACAUGUACUUGCAUUGCAGCCACGACACCACCACCAGUAUCUACUACAACAGCAGUAGGAUAUCAGAUUGGUGGAGGAUGUCCUGAUGUGAGCACAGGUUUUGGAAUAUGUCCAACGAAUUGUGACGUAGAUGCAAACUGUACUACAGCAGGAGAGUUAUGUUGUAAAAAUCAAUGUGGAAGUUUGCAAUGUACUGCAGUAUGUACACUACAACAAUGUCCUGUCAAGUGUGCCAUGUACACUUUGGAUAGCAGAGGUUGUCAAACAUGUACUUGCAUUGCAGCCACGACACCACCACCAGUAUCUACUACAACAGCAGUAGGAUAUCAGAUUGGUGGAGGAUGUCCUGAUGUGAGCACAGGUUUUGGAAUAUGUCCAACGAAUUGUGACGUAGAUGCAAACUGUACUACAGCAGGAGAGUUAUGUUGUAAAAAUCAAUGUGGAAGUUUGCAAUGUACUGCAGUAUGUACACUACAACAAUGUCCUGUCAAGUGUGCCAUGUACACUUUGGAUAGCAGAGGUUGUCAAACAUGUACUUGCAUUGCAGCCACGACACCACCACCAGUAUCUACUACAACAGCAGUAGGAUAUCAGAUUGGUGGAGGAUGUCCUGAUGUGAGCACAGGUUUUGGAAUAUGUCCAACGAAUUGUGAUGUAGAUGCAAACUGUACUACAGCAGGAGAGUUAUGUUGUAAAAAUCAAUGUGGAAGUUUGCAAUGUACUGCAGUAUGUACACUACAACAAUGUCCUGUCAAGUGUGCCAUGUACACUUUGGAUAGCAGAGGUUGUCAAACAUGUACUUGCAUUGCAGCCACGACACCACCACCAGUAUCUACUACAACAGCAGUAGGAUAUCAGAUUGGUGGAGGAUGUCCUGAUGUGAGCACAGGUUUUGGAAUAUGUCCAACGAAUUGUGACGUAGAUGCAAACUGUACUACAGCAGGAGAGUUAUGUUGUAAAAAUCAAUGUGGAAGUUUGCAAUGUACUGCAGUAUGUACACUACAACAAUGUCCUGUCAAGUGUGCCAUGUACACUUUGGAUAGCAGAGGUUGUCAAACAUGUACUUGCAUUGCAGCCACGACACCACCACCAGUAUCUACUACAACAGCAGUAGGAUAUCAGAUUGGUGGAGGAUGUCCUGAUGUGAGCACAGGUUUUGGAAUAUGUCCAACGAAUUGUGAUGUAGAUGCAAACUGUACUACAGCAGGAGAGUUAUGUUGUAAAAAUCAAUGUGGAAGUUUGCAAUGUACUGCAGUAUGUACACUACAACAAUGUCCUGUCAAGUGUGCCAUGUACACUUUGGAUAGCAGAGGUUGUCAAACAUGUACUUGCAUUGCAGCCACGACACCACCACCAGUCAGCAGCAAACCACCACCAGUAUCUACUACAACAGCAGUAGGAUAUCAGAUUGGUGGAGGAUGUCCUGAUGUGAGCACAGGUUUUGGAAUAUGUCCAACGAAUUGUGAUGUAGAUGCAAACUGUACUACAGCAGGAGAGUUAUGUUGUAAAAAUCAAUGUGGAAGUUUGCAAUGUACUGCAGUAUGUACACUACAACAAUGUCCUGUCAAGUGUGCCAUGUACACUUUGGAUAGCAGAGGUUGUCAAACAUGUACUUGCAUUGCAGCCACGACACCACCACCAGUAUCUACUACAACAGCAGUAGGAUAUCAGAUUGGUGGAGGAUGUCCUGAUGUGAGCACAGGUUUUGGAAUAUGUCCAACGAAUUGUGAUGUAGAUGCAAACUGUACUACAGCAGGAGAGUUAUGUUGUAAAAAUCAAUGUGGAAGUUUGCAAUGUACUGCAGUCUGUACACUACAACAAUGUCCUGUCAAGUGUGCCAUGUACACUUUGGAUAGCAGAGGUUGUCAAACAUGUACUUGCAUUGCAACACCACCAACCACUAAAGCAACAACUGUACCACGAACUACCCAACUGGUGGCUCAAACAACUGCGAUUCCAACAUCAAAUGUCACUAUUGGUGGAGGCUGUCCCAAACAAUCUGGUGGUUUUGGAAUUUGUCCUUCUAAUUGUGGUCCUAGUAAACCUUGUACAACAACUGGUGACCAAUGUUGUGCAAAUACAUGUGGUGGUACAGUUUGUACAAAGCCAUGUGCAGUGUUGACUUGCUCCAGUUCAUGUACGGCAUACACUAAUGAUGUACUGGGAUGUCCAACAUGUACUUGUGUUGCCGUUGCAACCACUCCAGCAUCCACCAAACCUGCCACAACUGCAGCUGUUACAAAGCCAGCCAGUACACCUGCACCACAAACUACCCAACUUGUGGCUCAAACAACUGCAAUUCCAACAUCAAAUGUCACAAUUGGUGGAGGCUGUCCCAAGCAAUCUGGUGGUUUUGGAAUUUGUCCUUCUGAUUGUGGUCCUAGUAAACCUUGUACAACAACUGGUGACCAAUGUUGUGCAAAUACAUGUGGUGGUACAGUUUGUACAAAGCCAUGUGCAGUGUUGACAUGCUCCAGUUCAUGUACGGCAUACACUAAUGAUGUACUGGGAUGUCCAACAUGUACUUGUGUUGCCGUUGCAACCACUCAAGCAUCCACCAAACCAGCCACAACUGCAGCUGUUACAAAGCCAGCCAGUACACCUGCACCACGAACUACCCAACUUGUGGCUCAAACAACUGCAAUUCCAACAUCAAAUGUUACUAUUGGUGGAGGCUGUCCCAAACAAUCUGGUGGUUUUGGAAUUUGUCCUUCUAAUUGUGGUCCUAGUAAACCUUGUACAACAACUGGUGACCAAUGUUGUGCAAAUACAUGUGGUGGUACAGUUUGUACAAAGCCAUGUGCAGUGUUGACUUGCUCCAGUUCAUGUACGGCAUACACUAAUGAUGUACUGGGAUGUCCAACAUGUACUUGUACCGUAUUGACAACUGCACCACCUACCAAACCAGCGACAACUGGACGAACUUCUACCAAACCAGCUACAACGGGACGAACUUCCACCAAGCCAUCGCCCCAAACCACUGUUUCACCCACGACGACGCAACCUUCAGCCACAACACCGGCCAGCCAGAUUGGUGGUGGAUGCCCUGUCGUGCAGGCUGGUUUCGGCAUCUGCCCCACAGACUGCAGCCGGGAUAGUGACUGCACUACGGCUGGACAGCUGUGCUGCAAGAAUCAAUGCAGAGGUUUGGUGUGUGCUGCGGCGUGUGCCAGACUGACCUGUGCACUGGCCUGUGCUACCUUUGCUACUGAUACCAGGGGAUGUCCUGUGUGUGCAUGUUCAACUGCGGCUACAAAGCCCUCUACAACACAGGCUACAACUAACCGCCCUACAACCGCGCCUAGAACCACUGGACCAAGAGCAACAACGGGAACAAGCACCACGAAUGCAAUGACCUCCGCAGCUGGCCAAAGCAGCGGAGCAAGAACAACGGGAGCAUCGAUGACAACUGCGUCUGGGACGAUUGGCACCAGGAUGCCAUCAAGCCCGUCAAGCUCAGGUCCUCAGGAAAUGACACCCAGCAUGUCUCGCCGCACUACAAGAAUACCCGUUGGAACGAGCGCUUCAAUGGCACCACAGACACCGUCUCCAACAACAAUAGUUACUGAAGCAACUAGGCCGCCAACCACAAUCCCUGAAAUAGCUAUCGGACACGAUGUGGAGGUCACUCUUGUCCUGUCAAUAGGCUCAGCUGCCGCUCUAGAUGGUGUUAGCACUCACGAAGAUGAAUUUGUCAAGUUUGUUAUUGCACAACUGCAAACCAGCUACGGUCUCUCAAGUGAACAAAUCGACGACGAAGGCAAGUUCAAAGUCUCCAGCAAUACUGCUGCAAGUCACACGGUGCAAGUCACUGUCACCAUGAAGGCUACCAGCAACCAGGACACUGCACCGUUUGAAGUCGCAAGCCGUAUACAGUCUGAUGUUGAAAGUGGCCGGCUCACUCUAACAAACUUUGAGGUAGGAUCCCAGUCCUAUGCAGUCCGUCCAGCGCAAGCGUCCACACAGGUCACUGAUGAUGUCUAUGAACCAGAAGAGUCCAGCUCCAAUACAGGCGCUAUUGUCGGAGGAGUUAUUGGCGGGCUUUGUGGAGUGGUCGGCUUUGUAAGCCUAGUCUACUACCUGAGAACAAAGGGAGACAGUCGCCAUCGCCAUCGCAAGGGAUCCAUUCCCAUGAGAUCUCCCACGAUUUCCCAGUCAACAAUGACCGGCUCUCUCCAAUUUGAAGCGGAUGCGAUCACCAACGAAGGGGCCACGGAUCACGCCACUGUAUAGGCACACAAUCUAACAUAUGAGGUUUUGUGCUGUGCACAUGCGUGUGUGUGUGUGUGUGUGUGUGUGUUUGUGUAUGUGUGUAUGUGUGUGUGUGGAUGUGUGUGUGUGUGUUUGUGCGUGCGUGUGUGCGUGUGUGUAUUUGGAUGCGUCUGUGGUAGUGUUUGUGUGGCCGAUCAUUGCAUCUGAAAUGCAGUCCUGGCCGGCAGUGAUUGCCAGGAUCGCCUUAGGAGAACACUAAAUGUUUGGCUGUUCACUAUAGAUCAAGCCACGCAAUAGUCAUCCUCCCUGCAUUAGUGCAUAUGCGUAUCGUGCCUGCUACAGAGUAAAGCCAGCCAUUCCUAUCGACAAGAAUAGAACUUGCUUAGCUAAAGCUGGUGCAAUCCGUUUAAAAGAAUGUAUGCAUAUUCUCUAAGACAAUUUCACUCGGUAAUGUUCUAUUGAAAUGCAGACAGCACUUUAAUAGCCAGAACUGACAUACAUACAUAGAUUAUUGUUGUGCACGUGUGUUUCUCACUGCAAUUGCAUAGCCGGUUGUAACACGGACGUGCGAACUUUACUUCUUUUCUUACGUGUGUGCUUGCGAAUGUGAGCGAAACGAUUCUACUUUGAAGAAGAUAAUCAUGUUAGCGUAACGAUAUGCACCUGAUCACAUCCAUUGAUUUUAAUAUUAUGAGGUUUAUGUGUAGUCACAUGACCUCAACUUAUGACAUCAUGAUCUGGAUUUGGAUUUCUAUUCAAUUGCAACUCAAUUCACAAUAUUUUAAUCUAAGCAAAAUCAAAUUUCAUUCAGGGCAAUUUGUUUAUGAAGCAAAGAACACUGCGUAAAAACAUUG